AUGCCUUCUCCACCGAAACCUUGGGAGAGAACUGGAACGGCCACGAGGACUACAACAAACAGUGGAUCACCAUUAAUAAAUACGACGACACAACAAAAUUUAGCUGGUACAUCAACUUCUAACAUCCCUCCUGCUGUUCCAGCAAGACCUUCCACACAGUCUUCUGGAUUCGCGAAUAGAAGUUAUGGUUCAUAUGGUACAGGUGGGGUUUAUGGAGCGAAUAGUGGAGGAUAUAGUAGUCCGUAUACAAAUUAUGGAUCAUAUGGAGGAUAUGGGACACCGUAUAGUCGCUACGGAUCAUCCACAUAUUCUCCAUAUAACCGAUACGGCGGCUAUAAUUCUUAUAAUUCAUAUGGUGGAUCAUAUGGUGGAUCUUAUGGUUCAUAUGGUUCAUACGGCGGUUCGCCAUAUAAUCGGUUUGGGUAUAUGAUGGGACCGGGUGGACCGGGCGGUCCGGGCGGUCCGGGGAUGCCUGAAGAGUUGUCACUCACACAAAGGAUGGAAGCGAACACUGCGGCAGGAUUUCAUAUGAUAGAAUCCGUAGUAGGAGCAUUUGGUGGAUUUUCACAAAUGUUGGAAUCUACAUUCUUUGCAACACAUUCAUCAUUUAUGGCAAUGGUCGGAGUAGUAGAACAAUUUGGGAAUCUACGUAAUUACUUGGGACAAGUAUUAAGCGUAUUCGCUUUAAUUAGAUGGAUACGACACUUAUGGUAUAAGAUUACGGGAAAAAGACCUCCAGUUAAUUCAGGUGAAUUAACUCCGAGUAAUUUUCAACAAUAUCAAGAACGUGCAAAAUAUUCUCGUCGCCCUAUAUUAUUUUUCAUACUCGCAGUAUUCGGUGUACCAUAUUUAAUGCACAAGUUUAUUCAAGUUAUUUCAAGAAGGCAUCAAGAACAACAAUUAUUUGAUGGUAGUAUACCACCUGAAGGUGCUGGUAAUAAUUCGGAAAUUAUUACCGCCCCUGUAUCUCAAAUAAAUCCUUCUCAACCACAAAACUUUGAUUUUUGUAGAGCUAUUUAUGAUUUUAGAGGUGAAUCAAAUGUUGAAUUAAGUUUUGCUAAAGGUGAUAUUAUCGCCAUUUUAAGUAAAACUGAUUUAUGGGGAAAUCCUUCACAAUGGUGGAGAGGCAGAUUAAGAAAUGGUGAACAGGGAAUGAUACAAAUAUGUAAUUAUAGUAAUGAUAUCUCUGAAGAUGUUACUCGAUUAUGUAUAGCCUAG